AUGGGUGAAAAGGAUUUUGAUUGCGAAAAAAUCCGGAAUAUAUGCAUUCUUGCCCAUGUGGAUCAUGGCAAGACUACGUUAGCGGAUCAUUUAAUUGCGUCAUAUGGUGGGGGUGUGCUCCAUCCGAAGCAAGCUGGUAAACUUAGAUUUAUGGAUUAUUUAGAUGAGGAACAAAGGCGAGCAAUAACAAUGAAGAGUUCCUCUAUUGCUCUAGAAUACAAAGAGCACUUCCUAAAUUUAAUAGAUUCGCCAGGCCACAUGGAUUUUUGCUGCGAAGUUUCCACAGCUGCGCGGUUGAGUGAUGGUGCACUAGUAUUAGUAGAUGCAGUGGAGGGUGUCCACAUUCAGACCCAUGCAGUGCUGCGACAAGCUUGGAUCGAGAAGUUGACUCCGUGUUUAGUUUUGAAUAAGGUUGAUAGAUUGAUAUGUGAACUGAGAUUGAGCCCCAUGGAGGCAUAUAAUAGGUUGUUGAGGAUUGUGCAUGAAGUUAAUAGCAUAGUGAGCACAUAUAAGUCAGAAAAGUAUUUGUCGGAUGUGGACGCUAUUCUCUCAGCAGCUCCGUUGGGUGACAUUGUUGAUGAGAAUUAUGAGUUUCCUGAGGAUGAUGAGGAGGAGACAUUUCAACCCCAGAAAGGGAAUGUUGUGUUUGCAUGUGCAUUGGAUGGAUGGGGAUUUAGCAUACCUGAUUUUGCAGAAUUUUAUGCUACGAAACUCGGUGCAAGCGCAGCUGCAUUACAGAAAGCAUUAUGGGGUCCUCGAUAUUUCAAUGUCAAGACCAAGAUGAUUGUUGGGAAGAAGGGACUUAGUAGUGGAACCAAGGCUAGGCCCAUGUUUGUGCAAUUUGUACUCGAGCCACUUUGGCAGGUUUAUCAGUUUGCUUUGGAGACAGAUGGUGAUAGAGGUGUACUGGAGAAGGUUAUCAAGUCAUUCAACUUAUCAGUACCUCCGCGCGAACUUCAGAACAGGGACCCGAAAGCUGUGCUACAAGCUGUCAUGAGCCGUUGGCUUCCAUUAUCGGAUGCAAUAUUGUCUAUGGUGGUUAAGUACAUGCCUAAUCCUGCUGCUGCUCAGUCUUUUCGCAUAUCGAGAUUGCUACCUAAGAGAGAAAUCUUGGGUAAUGAGAACAGCUCUGAUGUGCUUGCAGAGGCCGAGCUUGUGAGGAAAUCUGUCGAGACCUGUGAUUCCAGCCCUGAUUCGCCAUGUGUUGCAUUUGUCUCUAAGAUGUUUGCCAUUCCGUGGAAGUUGCUUCCUCGUGGAGAGACUCUGAACAAUUCUGCAGAGGAUGAAGAGUCAGGAGAAUGCUUCCUUGCAUUUGCCAGGAUCUUCAGUGGGGUUCUCUGUGCAGGACAGAGGGUAUUCGUGCUUUCGGCAUUAUAUGACCCAUUGAAGGGGGACGUUAUGCAGAAGCAUGUACAGGAAGCCGAGUUGCAAUCAUUAUAUCUAAUGAUGGGUCAGGGGUUGAAACCAUUGACCUCUGCUAAAGCAGGGAAUAUUGUUGCCAUUCGAGGACUUGGCCAGCAUAUAUUGAAAAGUGCUACUCUUUCAUCUACAAUUAAUUGCUGGCCUUUCUCAAGCAUGGUUUUCCAGGUUUCACCCACUCUGAAAGUUGCAAUUGAGCCUUCAGAUCCUGCUGAUAUGGGUGCACUCAUGAAAGGCUUGCGGCUUCUAAACCGUGCAGACCCUUUUGUCGAGGUUAAUUUUUCUUCUAGAGGAGAACAUGUUCUUUCUGCUGCAGGAGAAGUUCACCUAGAGAGAUGCAUUAAAGAUUUGAAGGAGAGGUUUGCAAAGGUGAGCUUAGAAGUAUCUCCACCCCUUGUUUCUUAUAAGGAGACUAUUGAGGGAGAGAUUACUAAUCCAUUAGAGUAUUUAAAGUUAUUAAGUGGGAGCUCUGAGUAUGUUGAGAAAACAACACCAAAUGGUAGGUGUGUUAUUCGGGUGCAGGUCAUGAAACUUCCAACUCUACUUACUAAGUUGCUUGAAGAAAGUUCAGAACUGCUGAGAGAUAUCAUAGGAGGCAAGUCUAGACAGGCUUGUAAAAACUUGGAAACCUCGAGAGGUGGCAUUGUGGAAGAUGAAAAUCCAUUUGAAGCACUCAAAAAACGGAUGAUGGAUGCUGUAGAGAACGAGUUUUUGUCUGGGAAUGCAGAGAUGGACAAGGACCGGGCGGAAAAAUAUAGAGUGUUGUGGCAAAAGUUUUUUAAGAGGAUGUGGGCUUUAGGGCCUAGACAGUUUGGUCCUAACAUUCUCCUUACUCCAGAUAUAAAAGGAAAUAACAUGAAUGGUUCUGUUCUUAUCAAGGGCUGUCCUCAUGUAUCUGAUAGAUUGGGUUUUGUGGACUUAGAUAGCAACAGUGAUGCAUCCGUUGAAGAGCUGUCUAUAGAUGAUCAAAUGUUACUACAAGAAGCACAGAGUCUAGAGAACAGUGUUUUGUCUGGAUUUCAGUUGGCUACUUCAGCUGGCCCAUUGUGUGACGAACCUAUGUGGGGUCUGGGUUUUGUCGUCGAGGCUUACGUUUCUCCCAUGGUUGGGCAGACAAAUGAGAAUAAUUCUUCUAGUCAGCAACUGGAAAAUUAUGGAAUGUUCACGGGACAAGUAAUGACAGUCGUCAAGGAUACCUGCAGGGCGGCUGUACUCCAGAGAAAACCUCGGCUUGUUGAAGCCAUGUACUUUUGUGAACUGAACACCCCAACUGAACACUUGGGAUCAAUGUAUGCGGUACUUGCACGAAGGCGUGCUCAAGUAAUCAAGGAAGAAAUGCAGGAAGGAUCUCCAUUGUUCACCGUGCAUGCCUAUGUUCCUGUUGCAGAAAGCUUUGGCUUUGCAGACGAGCUGAGGAGAUGGACGUCUGGUGCAUCAAGUGCUUUGCUUGUUCUCAGUCAUUGGGAAGCACUUUCAGAGGACCCUUUUUUUGUUCCCAAAACAGAAGAGGAAAUCGAAGAGUUUGGAGAUGGAUCCAGUGUGCUACAGAACACAGCAAGAAAACUCAUUGAUGCUGUGAGACGACGGAAGGGGCUUCCGGUGGAGGAAAAGGUGGUUCAGCAUGCAACAAAACAGAGAACUUUGGCGCGUAAGGUUUAA